AUGACAUCGUUAAAAUCCGAUGGACGUAAAAAUAUCGAGAAACUACGACUCGUCGAGGAACUGCAUGCUCCGGCGAAAAGAAAUUUUUUUCGAAGGCAUGUCAUAGUACGGGGAUACGAUGACUUGUGGCAAGCUGACAUCGUCGAGAUGCGUCCGUACUCACGUUUUAACAGAGGCCAUCACUACAUACUUACCGUCACCGAUGUGCUGAGCAAGUACGCGUGGGCCGUACCGCUCAAGAAUAAAGGCGGAAGUGAGACGGCUGAUGCUAUCGCUGAAAUAAUUCGAGAUAGCAAGAGGUACCCGAAAAACAUGCAAACCGAUAUGGGGAAGGAAUUUCGACGAAACAUCGACGUACAACGUCUCAUGAGAAAACACGACAUCAAUCAUUAUUCCACGUAUUCGAUGUUGAAGGCAUCGAUCGUCGAACGAUUCAAUCGCACGUUAAAGAACGACAUGUGGAAGAUGUUUACGCUGAACGGAACUUACAAUGGGUUGACGCGUUGCCGCGACUCGUGUCGGAUUACAACGCGCGCAAGCAUCGAACGAUUGGUAUGCAACCCGUCGAUGUUAUCCCCGCGAUCGCUGAAAGACUCUUAG